AGAGCGUCAAUAGGGUUUCGUUGCCAAGGAGAAGCAAGUUAGGAUGAGCGCGCAAGACAGGAAGUGUUGAUUUCUUCCAAGAUCAGAUGAACCGUUUUAAGCGACGCCACUUGACCAACGCCGACUGCAGAGCUUUGAUCCAGAGCAGGGAAGGCAUCUCUCCCUUGACGCAACCUUUUAGCCAAAGGCCAAGAAGCAGCCAAGAUCCGAACAGAGGCCUCUAUCCCAAUUGCCGGAGCAAGAAGCAUCCCAAAGGAGCAGGUCAGUACCGUCUCAUCACCGACUACUUCCGCAAGAAGCCUCACCCCUCGCGAUGCUCAGGUAACAUGUCAGUGAGCAACAAAAUCAAAACAGAGGAAACCACGGAUCCCCCCUUAUCUACAGAUGAGGAUUCAUGCUCCCUUUUGGAAGACUACGAGUCAGUUCCUAGCACAUGCCCACAGGCUUCCCACAAUAGUGACCAAUGGGAACAGGAUGAUGAUAAAUCCAUGCUGGAGGGGCUUCUUGAGUGCCCUCUGGGCGAUGGAAGUGUCAAGCGGGAAGUUGAUGACACAGAGGUCAACCUGCUUCCGGACGUGUGUUUUGAGCUCUUAAGGACUGCAUCUUGGGAAGUGCCACAAGGAAGCAUCAAUCACAUGUCGGCAAGUAACAGAAUCAAAACAGAGGAAACUGCGGACCCCCCCUUGGCUACAGAUGAGGAUUCCUGCUCGCUUUUGGAAGGCUGCGAGGAGCCAGUGGUUCCUAGCAAACGCGCACGGAUUUCCCUCUAUGGUGACCAGUGGGAACAAGAUGAUGAUAAAUCAUUGCUGGAGGGGCUUCUUGAGUGCCCUCUGGGUGAUGGAAGUGUCGAGCAGAAAGUUGACAACACAGAGAUUGACCCGCUUCCGGACGCAUGUUUUGGGCUCUUGGGGACCGCAUCUUGGGAUGUGCCGCAAGGAAGCAUCGAUCAGCUGCCGGACGAAGUCCUCCAGGAGAUCUUUGCCCUUGUUCCAGCCACUGAUCUCUUCCAGAGCCUCAGCCUGGUGUGCCAACGUUGGUGGCGGAUCAUUGCUGACCAUCAAUUCAUUCCGUGGAAAAAGCUGUACCAUCAGUACCUGAAGGCUCAACCCGAAGCGCUGUUGACCGUCAAAGCAAUUCUGCAGCGGUACCACCUGAGCAAGGAGCAGGACGAGUGUAUGCUGGGAUUCAUCCGAUGCAUUGCUUCCAUCAAACCGUAUCGUUGCAGGGACCCGGAGGCCAUUCUGGAAUGCUUGAAAAACCACUCUCUUUUCCCCAAAGCAGACAUCUGCAUUGCGAACAGGCUUCCUGACCUGCAGGACUCCAAGCCUGAAGCACCCUAUUCUUGGGCGGUGAUGUCCGCCAUCGUGCUCCUCUCUGGAAGUGUCUGUGACAUCCAGGAACUGGUGGCUUGUCUUCGGAGACCCAGCUCCACCUUGUCCUCCAUUGAUAUCAUGGAGGCUCUCUAUUGCAUGGGUACCCUACUCUACGCCAUGCGGGAGAGUGACAUCCGCGUUAGUAACAGGAUUCACUACAAUAUUUUUUACUGCCUUUAUCUCUUGGAAAAUUCAAACGGGGUCCCCGUUCUCGCUGUGCCAGAAGCAGCCAGUUCCAGCUACGGAAGAGGCUUUCAGAACAGUAGUCGUCCUGCUCUUCAGCCCACCUGUGAACAGCAGCAGAUCAUAAACCACGCAAUUGCCCCAAAGCAGGUUGUGAAGAUCAUGGCUUUUGCAGGCACCGGGAAGACUUCCACGCUGGUCAAGUACGCAGAGAAGUGGUCCAACCUGAGGUUCCUGUACCUGGCCUUCAACAAGACCAUUGCAGAGCAGGGCACCCGGGCCUUCCCUCCCAACGUGACCAGCAAAACAAUCCACUCUCUGGCUUUUGCACAAGUUGGCAAGAAUUACAGCCAGCAGCGCAAGCUCAACGCGGGCUCCUUGUCCUCCUACUGGGUCAGCUUCGUCCUCCAGAACCGCCAGGGCCAGUCCCCGUUCAUUCGGGCCAAGGGGGUCGUGCAGACCCUUGGGAAGUUCUUUGCUUCCGCAGACGAGGCCAUCUCCUUGGAGCACACGCCCAUCUGGCGCAAGAACAACCAGGGAGAAAAGGUCCUGCUGGAGCCAGAAGAGAAGCAGAUCAUUAUCAGCGAAGCAAACCAGAUAUGGACGAAUAUGAAAAGGUUGAGCCCGACCAGGGAAAUGGCAUACAAGAUGAUUCAUGAUGGAUACUUGAAGUUGUGGCAGCUUCAGAAGCCUUUGCUGUCUGACUAUGAUGCCAUCCUUGUGGAUGAGGCUCAGGAUUGCACACCAGCCGUUAUGGACAUUGUCCUUUCCCAGCCGUGUGGGGUCAUCUUGGUCGGGGACCCCCACCAGCAGAUCUACAGUUUCCGGGGCGCCGUCAACGCCAUGUCCGAAGUGCCACACACCCACAUCUACUACCUCACCCAGAGUUUCCGGUUCGGCGCAGAAAUAGCGUAUGUCGGGGCUACCAUUCUGGACGUCUGCAAGAAAAUUCGGAAUAAAACGCUGGUCGGCGGCAGCCAGGAAGGCGAUGUCAGCGGGGUCGGUGUGACGGGGAAGGUGGCCCGCUUGUCCAGGAACAACCAGACCAUCUUUGAGGAUGCUGUGAACAUGACGGAAGGAGAGUCACCCGCGAAAAUAUACUUUUUGGGAGGGCUUAAUGCUUUUGGGCUGGAGAAGAUCCACGAUGUCUGGAAACUCCUUCACCCAGAAUUGGGGCUGGAGGUGAAGGACUCCUUCCUCCGGAGGUGGGUCCAGAAGGGCUUCUCUGCCCUCAAGGACUACAUGGUCAAGUCGGAGGACAAGCAGCUGGAGAUGAAGAUCGCCAUCGUGGAGAAAUACCGGGACCGCAUCCCGGAGCUGCUGCAGAGGAUCACACGGCAUCAUACCUCCCAUUCCGAGAUGGCAGAUUAUGUCCUGGGAACGGUCCAUAAGUCCAAAGGCUUGGAAUUUGACGUUGUCCAAGUAGCGAAUGACUUUGUGACCAUCCCUCUUGCCUGGCACAAUCUCUUGAGGCUGCCCAUGUUCCGCAUUGACACCGUCCCCGCUGACGAAUGGAAUCUGCUCUACGUCGCCGUCACCCGUGCCAAAAAACGCCUCGUCCUGCCCAAAUUCCUAAGCCAUCUCUUGACAAUGGCUGGGGAGUACUUUUUGCGGCCUGAAUUGACAAGUGAUGUCUGCAAAGACGGGCAGGUCAAAUGCUCUGUGCGGGGCUGCCUCAAUGACAUCCCUCCAGAAUCGCUUCUGACCAUGAGGAAAAUGCCCUUUGUUUAUAGCGAUGGCACCGCAGACCCAGAGAGCCUCCUCUGCCACGCCUGCCUGGGGCACCGCCUGGGCCCGCUGGCUUGGCUGACCGUUGCUCCCAAUGUGGUGGAAGCCUUGAACCCUGCUGAAGAAGCCAUUGAGAUCCCGCAGAUGGUACAGAUCCUCUUUGAAUGGAUCUGAACGGGAGAUGGACCCACCCCCCACCAUGAGUAGAGCUCAUAUACAAAUGCAAGCAAAUCUAAUGAGAAAAAACAUUUUGUUGUUGUUACAACGCUCUGCUCCUGGAGAACAUGGUUGCUACGGUCCAGCGAGAGAGAAGAGCCAGAGGAGACCCAUCCGGAGAGCAUCGUUCAUGAAUCGGCACACCUCUUUGCAGUGUUUGGAUGGAUAAAAGUAUUCUUCGGCCUCCCAACUUUCCCAAAAUUAUGCUCGUCCAGGUCUUCCGUUUAUGUCUGGUGAACCAUUUUGGAGCAGCCGGCUUCCUUUUCCCAGUCCCCCCCUUGAGCUGGAUUCAUAGGGGAUGCUUCUGCUGGGACAACAUCACUGUCUUCCUCAUCCAUCCAAAAAGUGUGUUGGAGGAUUUCUUGACUUGGAAACGAAGCCAAAAACAUUCCUCUUAACAUUUGGAGAACAAGCAGAACUGUCAAGUAGGAACGUUGGCUUCUGAAGCUCUAUUCCGGUAUCUUUCGCCUUUGUUGUCAAGUAGGAACUCGUUGGCUUCUGAAGCUCCAUCCUGGUAUCCUUUGCCUUUGUUUUGGGAGAGAAUGCAGAUCUGCAGCCAUGGAAAGCUUUGCCUGGAAAAGGAAGAUUUAAGGGAGAGAUGCCCCUGAUUCAAGGAGGAGAGAGAUUCGCCAUCAGCAAAACUCAGUGUAAUGGGCUUCUCUAAGGUUUAAUAAUAAUAAUAAUAAUAAAACUUUAUUUAUACCCCGCCACCAUCUCCCCGUGGGGACUCGGGGCGGCUCACAACGUUACGAAAGUAACAGCAUUAAACAAUAUACAAAGUUUAAAACACAAAUACAUUAAACAUUUGUAUGUUUGUAUUAUCUCUUGUAUUAUGUCCUGUGGAUGGAACUGGAUGGUGGAUUGUAGGAACUGGAUCGAAGCAGAGACCGACCUGCCACUCAGCUCAGACUGUUACGGUUUCAAGUGACGAUGUCUGGCGAGAUCUGUGUGGACGAAGGGUAAUGGCUUGUUGUUCCAAGUGCCUCUUCUAAACACUGUCUCCGGCUUUUUGACAAGUGGUUCUUGGACAUUCUGCUUUUUCAACAGAGCUGAAUUAUAGCCAUGUCUUGCACUUUGGAUCCUUGGUUUGCUCUUUUGACCACAGCUUCUGCUUUAUGGCAUGCUGUGGUUUUUCAUUCAUUGAGUCCAGUGCCAUCUCGUCUUGACUUUCCAAGCAUGUUUCCACUUUCCAUCCAAUACGAAAUACAAUUUUGAAUCAGGCAUGGGCCAACUUCGGCCCUCCCUCCAGGUGUUUCGGACUUCCAAAACACCUAGAGAGCCAAAGUUGGCCCAUGCCUGGUGUAGAAUUUCCAUGUUUUUCUGCAGUUUGGUGUUCUCACUUGUACGCAGCUCGUGCCAUUCUUUAAAGCAUUACAAUUCCAUUUUUUAACAGCCAUCUUUCAAUAUAUGUGGAACCCUUGCUUCUCUGGUUGAGUGAGUUUGGAUGCGUGGAUGUGUGUGUGUACAAACAUACGCACAUACUUCUUUCAGCCUCAUCCACGCAUUUUCAAUUCAUGAGACAUGGUGCAUAGUGAUUUUUUUUAAAAAAUAAACUUUUUAAUAUAUAUUUUCAGGGGAAAGUGGGUGGUUUUUUCCAACUGUUGCAUCUAAAGAACAAUGGAAAGGAGGAAACUGUGUCUAGACAAGGUCACUUGGUACAAUCCAGACACAGAUAAAAAUCAAUUUCUAUUGCACUUACAUUUCUUACUAAACACUUCUUUAUUCUACUAAAGCAAGCAUGGGCAAACUUUGGCCCUCCGGGUGUUUUGGACUUCAACUCCCACAAUUCCUAACAGCCGGUAGGCUGUUAGGAAUUGUGGGAGUUGAAAUCCAAAACACCCGGAGGGCCGAAGUUUGCCCAUGCCUGUAAUGAACUCAUUUCCUGUUACUCAUGAAAGGUAUUUGUAGUCGUUUAACAAUAAAUUGUGUGUCUUUUUUUUAAACUUCAGAAUUAUAUUUGUAAAUCCAAAACCUCAUUGUUUUUCCAGGUGGGUUCUCCGAGAUGUGUAUUUUGAUAUAAACACAAUUUUGCUGCCUGUGGAUCUCACUUGUGACUUGAAGUACAUCGGAGCAGUUUUCUUUUUUAGGACUGGAUUAUAUGAGGCCCCUUCUACACAGUUGUAUAAAAUCCUCACUGAACUGGAUUAUAUGGCAGUGUGGACUCAAGAUAAUCCAGUUUAAAGCAGAUACAGUGGAUUAUCUGCCUUGGCAUUCUGGGUUAUAUAGGUGUGUGAAAUGGCCUUGAGUCUACACUGCCAUAUAAUCCUGUUCAAAUCAGAUAAUCUGUAUUUUAUAGGCAGUGUGGAAGAGGCCUGAGUGAAGAAGCCCUGAGCUCCAUUGUUGUUGAGUGGGGUUGCUAGGAGAUGAAGUGGGAAUACCCUUCUAACUGGCAUUUAGUGGGGGGAAACGGCUUUUCCUCGUCCUCUAAUUGGGACUUUGUUUUUCUAGGUUUUUUUGUUUGAAAUACAUAUUUUGAAUGACUA